UGGAAAGUGCUUUCAUUCACGGUCAAUCAGAUGAUGAAUUUACCAACAUGGCACAAAAAAACUACAAUCUAAGGGAUUUAGUAAUUGAAACACCACUUGGAAUACACCUAACAUGGCCAUUCUUACGAAAACUGUUGUCCAAGUAUCCAAAUUUACAAAAUCUUGCGGUCAGAGGAGGUGAUGCUAUUAAGGAUAGUCGUGUUGAAGAAUUGGUCAAGUUAAUGCCGAAGAUAAAACUGUUGGACUUCAGAAGAUCCAAAGGAGUGACUUCAAAAUCAGCUGAUUUCUUAACUAAAUUCUGUCGCAAAUCUUAUCGAUCAAUCAAAAUCUAUUAUGAUUGUGAAAAGGAACCAAUUGAUUGGCCUAAAUACAACACUCCUGAAGAAUCAAUCGUUUAUGGAUUCGAUUUCAUGAAACAUUGUUUUUAUAAGAAUUUUCACUAUCUUCCGAACCUAAUUGAUGAAUGAUCUCU